UGCUGCAACACCAGGUUGUACAGCAGCGACACGUGGAAGACCUGGGCAGCAACCAGUCAGCAAAAACAGCGCAGUAGAGAUGCAGUGAAGUUACUUACCACGCCGCGAUUGCGUUCGGCGGUUUCGAGUUGCGUCGAGGAUGUCAUCCUGGUGAUUUUAUAGCGCUGACCGUGGUUUCUUGUGGGAUGUGUCACUCUGUGUAGCCAUGUACUGUGCGCUACAUUGUAAAUAGCAAACUCAGGAGAACAAUCACUGCACUACUUGGCGUUUUGGCUGCAGAAACAACUAAUUAUGCGCCCCACUCACGCUCCUUUGCCGAAUCCAGACAAUGCUCGUCGCGCUUCAGGUCAAGCGGAUGCAGAGGCGUUGGCCACCUUGAAGCGGACUCUGUUGAUAGCAGCUCUUGAAACUCCGCCUCGCUUUCGCAGUGAUAUCGACGUGGUAAUAAUUCAGCAAUACCUCGCAAGUCUUGGGGUGCUUUCUUCUGUUUCCCCGCAGAUUUUACAUUACUUGGCGACUGAGUGCACAAUUAAUCGUAUUCCUGAUGGAGAAGUUAUAUUUUACCAGGAAGAUGCAGUUGAUGACCACUCCCAUGCCUACAUUAUUCUCGAAGGCUCGCUUUGCGGCUUCUUUAACAAAGCUUUUAGUCAAAGGCACAGCAGAGAAGACUUCCGAUCCUGGAACAGCAAAAAGAGCAAUGCGAAAGGCGUGACUAUCGACUUUGGCGAUCUUCAAGUCACUUAUGGCAAAGGCGCCAUUUGCGGAAUCGACGACUUCUACCCGAGACCACCAGCGCGAGGCCGACAACAUCAGAAACCUCUCUGUCGUCACAGAAGUGUGCACAGUCAAGAAGCUACAGCCGUCAUUCUUUUAGCAAAGGACACGUUAGAUCGAGUCUCAGAAUUAUUCGGCUUCAUUUAUGAAAAGGGCGUCCUCACCUCAUCGAAGGAAACCACACGCACGGAUGUUUCUCAUUUAGUAAUUUUCUCGCUGCUAUCAGAUACGGCAAGAAAAACAUUGCUGCAAACUGCGUCAACCCGACAGCUGGAGGCCGGAGAAGUACUAUUUUCCGCAGAUGCAGACAAGGAUUCAAGCAUGACCGCUUUCGCUAUAGUUCGCAACGGUCGGCUAGAUGUCCACUGCGUUGAAUGUGCUAAUAACCAGGUUCCUUUUUCUUCGAAUGGGUCUGGAAACACCCCGCCAGCAAGCUCGAGUCCAUUAAACAAAACUCUACGGUUGGUGACGCCAAAAGCUCCACUCGUAUCGCUCACUCGGGGUCAUACGUUUGGCGACCAAAUGCUCGCGCUUGGACUCUCUCAUAUUUGGGCUUCAAACCCGCGUCGCUCUCGUCAGACAAAUGUACGAUUUAAAGCCAUUGCAGGUGACUCGUCCACUGAGAUCCUUUGGAUAACCAGAGAUCAAUACGAGCAGCUCGUCCGAGAAGAUCAGCUUCGACUAUCAUACAAUCCGAUUCUCGGUACAGCGUACACUUCAUCACUGCCACCCUCCUUAAUUUCAGCAAUUGAGAGUCGGAAUAUCUUCCAGAUCACUCGACAACUGCUCACUGAUACAACUCUGUCAAAGUUUUUCUUUCAGUUUCCACCUCUUGUGAUUGAACGACUUUGUCAUCGCAUGGAUAUCCACCACUACGCGUCCAAUAGUAUAUUAAGGGAGCCUGGCAGCUCUAUCGACCGAGUGUUUAUCGUUGUGAAAGGAGGUCUGCACACUCACUAUUAUCGCGGGAAGGAAACUAAUCAAACCACAGCAAAGAAGACUCUGCAUCACCAGGGGACUGCGAGACAUAUAUCGCUCGGUCAGUCUGUGCAAUUUAUCCCGGGUGAUGCAUUUGGUGUACGUGAGCUGAUGAAGCGGUGUCUAACUUGCGAAGCCCCUGUGUUCGCGGACGCUGGAACUACGCUACUCUCUAUCACUCGGUCAGCCUUCGAACGGUGGGUUCUUCCUAUGCGCCACAAUAUCAUUGUGAAAGCUGGUAGUAUUUUACAGAGUUUCGUAUGGAAUAAUUCUUCGCCUCCAGCAAGUCCACGACGCUCGUAUGCAAACAAUUAUGCGGCUGCGUCAAAGGUGAAUAGACGCCAGUCUGGACCAUCGGUGUUUUUAUCGGGUAUUGUGGGAUCUGAUAGAAUCAAAGAACGCCGUCUUGAUGAUGCAGCAAUGUUUCUGAAGCGGUUUGGACUCUUUCCAACUGUCCCGCGGUUUCUACUCGCACAAAUGUUAACUCACGCAACAGUGGUGAACAAGUCUGCAGGUGAAGAAAUGUUUCGUGAAGGAGACGUUCAGCGAGCACUAGUCGUCGUAUUAUCCGGGUUUGUGUCAUUCUACAGUCUCGAAAACAUGUCGACAGUUGUCGAUAUGUUUCAGAAGCAUCCAUUUUGUAUGUACUCGACGUUUUCUGGUAGCACUAUCAACCCGGAAGACUUCGUGGUUGACAAAGGAGUAGAUGAAAACCCAGCUAUUGCUCCAUCUGUAGCAUUAAAACAUCGUGCAGCAAUGCAUGGAGUUCAUAUCCAGACGCUCCCAUAUCGGAACGCUUUUCGAACGGGGGUGAUUCAGGAAGGAACUGUGUGUCCCGCAACAGUUCUAGCACAAACUGAUUGUGAAUAUCUUCAAUUCGACGAGAGUUUGUACGCUCGGAUACUAGAAGAGCAUCUUCCCGCGGUUGAUAUGAGCGACUACAACGAGAUUUCUGCUUCAUCAAGGACAGCGACCCCAUCGGAUUCAAAGGAUCCGAGGCAUCCGCCAACCCCUAAAUCAACCACAGACCAACGACCAGGAACCAUUCCACCCCCUUUAUUGUCAUACCUAGAAGUAGCUCAAAUCCCGUGGUUACCGCCUUCUGAUGCUAAAAAGAAACUCCUGCUGCGCUCGAUGCAUCACGUGCAUCUUGCACCAGGUCAACGGUUGAUUCAGUGUAACGAGGCAAUCCAACAAGUCGUACUUGUUGUCAAAGGGAAACUUGCUGCGUAUGUUCGCGAAAGCCAGGAGGUUAUCUCGGUGUUGAACGCGAGUCAGCGUUCUGUACAAAGUGCCGCAUUGGAGCGAAGUGUUGCGAGCAACUACUCCACUACGUCUCAGCAGUUGUAUCAGGAUCGAUCUGGCGUCGGAACCGUGAACCGGAGAGCUCUUCAACGGAAAAUUGCUCGAAUCGCAGAGAUUGAAACCUCAGAGCAAAACUCCAAGUCAAAUCUUGCCAACUCACGAUUCACAGAUUUCGUUUUGCACGCAGCCAAGGAGUCUCGAAAAGUAGGCAAUACGGACGAUCCCCAACAACAACCGCAUGCCCCGACAAAUCCUCCCGGCACUCGGAGGUCGCUUCACUCCAUGGUGAAUAAAGUUAAGAUCAAACGUAAGUCUGACGAUCAGAGCACCAACAAUUCAUCGGCGAAGGAAACAACCAAAGCUCUUUUCAUGUUUUUCCUGGGUCCAGGAGAUAUCUAUGGUGAAGAGAUUUCGUCCCCCAUCGGUAUUGUUCGGAGUGCGCACGAUAUCUACGCCGAUACUACUAUUCCUGGCAGUCCGGACACGAAAGAAACAGGCUCCAAUCGCUCCCUGGCUGGGACUGAAGUCCUUUGUCUGGAUCGACAUGUGCUGCAUUCAAUCCUUGCCAGAACAGAAGAAGAUGUCGCGAACGAACUUUCGGCAAAUGCUAAAGCCAAGUGGCAAAUCGCGAGUAAAAAGCUUUUCAAACGAGCCUCACACUCAGGGGCUGAGGAGACUGGAGAAUUCAUUAGAGUAAAGAAGCCACCCAAACUGUUCGACUUCUUCAAGAACAUUUUGAACCAACGACGCUUUCUGACAAUGGGAACUAUCGCCCAUUUUCCGCUACUGCGAGACUUGACGGAAGAUGCUCGACGCGAGUUGUGCUUGAAUGCCCGAUUUGAGGCUUUGGAUCGCUACACGGAUGCAUAUAAGGGCAAUGGAGAUGGAAAUGGUACGGGUCAUCGUUUCUUCCUGCUGCUAAGUGGUCGUAUCAAUCUCGUUGCGAGUGGUCCCAGUAGUAAUACUGUAGUAUCCCCAAGUGCAAAUUCCUCUACCCCCGAUUUUAUUUUACGUGAGGUUGUUGCGGGUGAGGGAUUCGGAGAGUUUGAGAUUUUGAUACCAGAGGCACCUAGUUAUAUCGCUGCAAUUGCAGCAGAACCCACGAAGCUUUUGUCGAUUCCAGCGGAGAUGUUUAUGAAACACUGGCCGUGCAAGGACGAAGCUCGAGGAAACAUUGAGUAUCUACGUACACGAAUACCAUCCUUCACUUCACUGGACCUGGAGCGAAUCGCAUAUCUGUAUCACAGCUUUUCAUUUCAGUCACACGUUCGAGGAACUAGUAUAAUUCAACAUCAUGACAGCAAUCGAGCACUGGGUCCUGCCGCAGAGGUGUUUUUGAUCAAAGAGGGCACAUGCUGUAUUCGUCAAACGGUCACUUUGGUUAGCCGUUCUGGUGCAGGUGUUGGUUAUGAUCCGUGCGAAGAUGAACGUCAACCUCCUCGCAUUAAAGCCAUUAAAGUCUUGGCAACUGUAGCUGAUGUGAGUGCUGGGCAUAUUUUCUGGAUGGAUGCCGAUCACUUCCCCAUUAUUGUGGUUUCAACCUCUGCAUCCGCGACGAUAGCAAGCAUUUCGAUCGACAAGUUAAAAGCGAUUGUACCUCGAGGUAUGUUGUCCAGCCUCGAGGAUUUAAGUCACCAGUUGAAGGAACUGUACGUGCAGCAGUUUGAGCUGGCUAAGAGAGCCACCGCGACAGUGAUGAACGAGAAGCUGGCAUUACUGGGUCAGAAACAUGGACCGACUCAACGACUUCCAAAUAUUCAUUCUCCCGCUGCUCAAAGCUCAACACAAUCUUCUUCACUAUCAACACAAACGAGAAACACCUACGAUACGGAUGCAUUUACAGCUAAUGAUACUUCGCCCGAAUGCAUCCAAAGGGUCAAUGCUGAGUACAAUACGCAGCAUCGGAUUGAGCGCUAUGAAAUUCCUAACGAGCUCUUAGCCCCCUACUUGGUAGGAUCGUUUUUGAGGAAGUCUGCUUCAAAGAAGGAUGACAACAGCACUCCUAAACUUAAUGUUGAAGUAAUGGACGUGCAACACAAGCGAUUAGCCGGUCAGGUGGGCCUGGACGACAAGGAUCCUGUCGCUGGAAAUGCCAUCAUAGAACAAGGAAGUCGCCGCAGAAUGUCGAGUUUAUCGCAGAAUGUUGACAAUGUGAUGACUUUUAUCCAAGACGGGUUUAUACUUUACGAAGUCGACGUCCGUGAACGAGUUGAUGCAUUGAUGUGCAUGGUCGGAUCGCCAAUGCGAGCAAUGCGACUCGAACCUUCCCAUACUGCAGUGAACAGCUUGGGAAAGUAUUUCGCUGAUUGUCCGUCCCCGUUCGCCAAACCCAGUGAAUCAUACCAGCGGCAGAAUGUGCACUUAGAACAGUCACCAAGGUUUCAUAUAAAGCCGUCUAAACACAAACCUUCAAGGACACCUCGUUCAAACCCGAAACUGCUGCAAGAUAUUGACGCUAUUCCUCGCCAAGAAUUGACAAGAAAACAAGGUUUCCUGACAUGCUUACGCGUUAGAGCCGAUGAAGACUGUCGCGAUUUACUGGCCGCAAUUCUUCCUCGAAUUCAUCAAGGACGUCGAUUCUUUUACACACUGGUUGAUAGUGAACUGCGCGAAUACGCCGAUACUCUUUCUCUCAAUAACCUCGCACAAACUCCGUGUCUUCGUCGAUACAAUCUGUACAACCCGCACCGAUCCAGCUCAGUACUCGACGUUCCAGUUACUUCUGGAGAAGCCGAGGCAUUGCUGCGUCAAAGCUUCUUACUGAAAGUCGACGCUUUGCAGUUCCUCUUUACUGCGUCCAGUGCGAUUGACAAGCAAAAGUGGAUGGCAGAGCUCAACCAGGCGGCUGUGCUCGGCUCCGUUUCGAUCAAAGUACAGUCACCCCGUCCGGCCAUCGCUGCAACUCCACCAACCGAUCCAUCAGCACUAGCAGCAGUCAUCGACGCAUUCAAAGGCCGUCGGAAGCCAACGAUCAAAGACCGCAAACGCUCGUCCAUUGUAGUGCCAAAGCCAAAGCCUGAAGACACUCUCCACGUAGAAUAUCGCAUCAGUUAA